AUGGAUCUCUCAAAUUGGUUUAGCCGUGGCGCUUUCAUUCUGCCUGGAGAGCGGGUGCGAUUGCUUGAGAACGACAAAGCCUUUCGAGCAGCAUUUGGGCGAUUCCCCGCUCAGUCCCUCAACGGCUAUACGGCCGAAAAGGCCUCGCGCCGGGGGCAGGAGUGUAUCAUUGAAAAAGCCUACAACGACAGGGUUCGAGCCUUUCUGGUUCUAGGGCCGAACAUGGCGAUCAACCAGAAGAUGAACAUCGGAUGGCCAUUGAUUCUCUCUUUGGAUCAAGCCGAGUUUGCUGUUCACAGCCGUAGAUUUUCAAUUUCGUCUUACCGCCUCAAGUGCAGCAUGGCACUUCGCUCACUGGCAUUCGUUUUUGCAGCCAUUUCUGUCAGCGGAGCGGAGCAGUGCGAAGGUCCCGGAAGCGCACAGGGCAGUGCUGGCAGCGCCCUGUUGCAGAGCAGCUACGGGCACGCUAAGAAGUCGUUCUCCGGACCGAACAUGACUUUGAUCCAGCAGCAGGGCAAUCAGCUGGCUGAAGCCGCGAAGUCCAAUUCCGGGAACCUGCAGUUCAUGUUCUGCUGCCUCGGGCUGAGUUCGUGGUUCAACUAUUGCGUGGAAUUCUCCGGGUGUGAGGUGCCAGUCACAGAUUCUUGCUGGUGUGUUGGCAAAUAUCAGGAGGGCGAAGAAGAUUGCCGAAAGCACCUAAAUCCCAAUGGCAUGGAAGAGGCAGUUUGUGUAGGAGGCCUCGAGGCGGAUGAUGAUCUCUUCGAGUAUUUGGAACUCAAGCGGAAAGAGGUCGCCGCGAUGACUCAGGCUGCUGAAAUUGCCCGCGAGCAGGUCGGCUUCGUGAACUUCGCUUUGAGACGAUUCCAGGGUGCUCGGCAGUACAUCUGCUGCGCUUGCAGCGACAAGUCCAGACGUUCGAUCGAGAGCAUGGCUCAAGGAGACCUGGAGCAGGCGCAGGUGCAGGCUGGCCAUGUGGGCGACGACGGGGAAGGAGCACAGGCCUUUGAUGGCCGCAGCCUCAGAUUCGCUGGAGUUCUGGAUUUGGGGUCUAGAGGAAUUCUUGCCUUUCUGUCUUUCCAUAUCUGGAGUUAA